AUGUUCAUGAAGGAUGUCUUACUUCCCUUGAUCGAUGAAGUGUCAGCUGUGUUACCGCUUUCUGGAUACUUGGAAGAAGGUGCAACAGAAAACAUUGCCUUUUGGGACAAGGGAGGGCAGGAGUGGACGGCAUCUAACAGGCUGAAGUUCUACAUGUCAAACUAUCGAACGAUGGUGCAGUCUCCAUCAACUUGCUGCUCUCCUUCGCUAGCUGCUAGCGAAGAUUCGAGUAGUUCCGCCAUUCAUCUGGCAUCUCAGAUGGUAACCGAAGUGGAAUCGUUGUCGAAAGUGAUGGCUCGUUACGAACGCAAGUACGAGACAGUUCUGGGGAGUAUGAUUGCACUGGCUUACAGAGGGCAAACUUGUCCAAUGAACCUCGAGGAGCAACACUUGUCCGAUGUCCAUAAUCACUUUAAAGAGCAGGAUUGGUAUAGGUCUCAUGCAAAAUGA